AGUAAAGAAAAACAAAAAAGUCGAUAUUCCGUACAAAAGGCGGGUUGCUUGUUCCAAACCUGUCGUGGCUAGGUGAGCUCUGUUGGGGGGAAAGAUUUACAAACGUCACUCGGACGCAACGUAUUCCUAUUUUAAUUUCGCUGCGGUAUAAUCGCGCCGGCUAUUUCUGAGUUUUUAUUUUGGCGUAGUUCGCGUGUGGUCGAAUCGAUGCCGCCAUGAUGUUUUGGCGGGAAGCACUACGUCACAGUGGUCUGCUAGAUGCCGUCGGUGCAGCAACACAAAUAAAUAUUAAUAACCACAAAGAACAUUUUUACAAGUUGCAAGAAUUCCCCUGAGAAGAGAGUAAUGCUAGAAGAUGAAGAGUCCCUGGGUGGGUCAUCCCCUGAGCGGGGUACUGAGAGUGCGGAGGCUGGGGAGGCUAGGGAGGGUGCGUGCGGGUGGCGGGGGUGCGGCGCGCGGCUGCACAGCGUGGCGCGCCUCUCCGCGCACAUCGCCCGCGCGCACGCGCACGCGCAUAGAGACGGACUCUUUUACUGCGGCUGGAAGGGAUGCUCCAGACCACAAAGAGGAUUUAACGCAAGAUACAAGAUGUUAGUACAUGUCCGCACGCACACCAACGAGCGACCUCACACAUGCAAUCAGUGCAACAAAUGCUUCUCUAGAGCAGAGAACCUAAAAAUACAUCUCAGAUCUCAUUCAGGAGAGAAGCCCUACGUCUGCCCUUAUGAGGGUUGCGGCAAAGCGUACUCAAACUCGAGCGACCGCUUCAAGCACACACGCACGCACACAGUCGACAAACCGUACUGCUGUAAAAUACCAGGCUGCAAUAAACGAUACACUGAUCCCUCCAGCUUGAGGAAACACGUCAAAACAUACAAACACUUCGCACCGGAAGAGACAAAACGGGAUUCUUCAGACGAAAGUCACGAUAGAUUUUCACCUACUAAAGACUAUCUCAUAGAACCUAUAUCACCUUUACGUGGAUAUACAUACAAUGAGAUAUCUUCACAGAAAUUACAAUACAAUUUACAAAUACCAGAGCAACAGCUUACGUUAUACCCUCAAGUGACAUACGUAAGGCCUUUGGAACCUUACCCAAUAAGAGUACCGCAAAACGAAAUGUCAUAUCUAGAAUAUACACAAAUGUAUGAACAUGCGUACAGAAAUUACUAUACAAAUAGUAUAAAUUAUCCUGUUAUGCCUUUUAAUGAGAAAUCUUAUAAUGAGCAGAGUCUACCUGAAAGUACCAGGCGACCAGAAGUAUAUAAAGAUAUAGACGCUCCGUUGAAUUUGAUUUGCUCGAAGAAAAUAGAUUACAAGCCGAUAGAAGAUCUAGUCACAUUCAAUGAUUUACCCUUAGAUUUAAGCACAAAGAGUUGAUGCAAUAUUUAAAAUAAACUAUUUAUUUAUAAAACAUCUUA